AUGAAGAAGAAAGGCGGAAGAGUCUUAGUAACUCUGGAGUGCACCGAGGCACGGGCGCUUGGCAAGCCCCCGUCGCGAUACAUAACUUCGAAGAAUAGGAGGACGACGCCGGAACCCCUCGUCUUGAGGAAGUACAACAAAUACUUACGACGUCAUACUAUUCAUAAAGAAAUAAAGUGA